AGUCGGGAGUUUCUGGAUUCUUUAUCCGGUAUUUUAAGGGCCGCCGGAGGGCUGUCGCUUCUGCAGUGCUUAGGAGCGGCCGGGGCGGGAGGCUUGCGGAGCCAGGGCGCGGAGAAUAAGAAACUUGGCCUGAGUUUUGUGAAAAACCAGAGAAGAGAAACUAAAAGGACAGUAGACAAGGGUUUUCCAGUUUGCAUAAUAUUUCCUUCAUGGAUACUUUUUCAUAGCAUUAUUAUGUGAUGUGAGAAGUUUUUUUUUUUUUUUUUUUUUCCGAGUAACAUGGAUUUUAUACUACAGAAUCAAGAGAAUUGGCCUUUAGGAAAAAUUGAUUUGUAAAAAGUGGUACAGGUUUUUAUAGAUAACCAUGACAACAUCCCAUAUGAAUGGGCAUGUUACAGAGGAGUCAGACAGCGAAGUAAAAAAUGUUGAUCUUGCAUCACCAGAGGAACAUCAGAAGCACCGAGAGAUGGCUGUUGACUGCCCCGGAGAUUUGGGCACCAGGAUGAUGCCAAUACGUCGAAGUGCACAGUUGGAGCGUAUUCGGCAACAACAGGAAGACAUGAGGCGUAGGAGAGAGGAAGAAGGGAAAAAGCAAGAACUUGACCUUAAUUCUUCCAUGAGACUUAAGAAGCUAGCCCAAAUUCCUCCAAAGACCGGAAUAGAUAACCCUAUGUUUGAUACAGAGGAAGGAAUUGUCUUAGAAAGUCCUCAUUAUGCUGUGAAAAUACUAGGUAAGUAAAAACAGAGGGAUAAUAGAAAACGUUUUGCUUUAAUUUAUCUGUGCCUUAUAAUGUAUAUGGGAAGGAAGCGGGUUUAAGAGAAUAUGAGUAAUGUCAGUUUGAAUUUCAGACCAAGAUCUUUUGUUUUCUUGGAAACGCCAUGUAACUAUUGUUUAUUGUUAGCAACAUAGAGCUAAAAGCAUGUGACUUAAAUGUUCAGUCACUGUAACAUGUUUUUUAGAUAUUAAAGAGUUCUACAUGUGGCCUUAAUAUUUAAAGCUUUGAAAUUUACCUUUCAUAUAAAACUCACAAACUUUCUGCAAAAUACUAAAAAACAAUUUUCAGAUUUUGAAUUUCUGAUUUCCUUAAAGUUUGUAAAAUUGUAAUGAAAUUAAUAACUAUAGUUUAAAUUCUUUGAUUUUUAAAAUUAAUGAUUGUCGAUAAAAAAGAACUGUUAUUCAUAUAGCAUCAUAAACAUAAAAAUGGUAUUUUCUAUAUAUCCCCAAAUUCUGUUCUGUGGAAAAAAAAAAAAAAAGUCCUAUGAGAUAUAAAUAGUUACAACCAAACCAAAAGAAUUCUGUGACCAAAUGCAUUUUGAGAACUCUGGGCUAAAUAAACUAAAUAGCUUCUGAUUACAGGACUUCUCAUAGCUGUUAGAAUGUUACUAGGCAUUGUGAAUCUACAAGGGAGGUUGGUGUCAAACUUAGAAUAUUUAAUCAUUGAAUUUACUGCCCACCCUUCUUGCAUGUGCACAUACACCUAAGGGCUCACUGAACUAGUGUUAGGAGGGCAUUUUAUUUUUUGGUGGUUUGCUAUUUUUUAGGUGUGAAAAAAAGAGUUAUUUUUACUUUUUUGUAGAAUGAGAGAGUUUUUAUUGUCAGUGUCAUUUUGCCAUUCAUUUAAGGGUCUGUUGAGUCUGUACUAAGUGUUUUAGCAAACAUUGUUUCAUGUAAUAAAAUAAUCUUGUUAAUAGUACUCUCUAAUUGGAGAUAAAAAAAUUUAACCUUAGUUAAACAACUUUUUAAAGACACCAGUGGUAGAGCCAAGUUUGAAUUUGCCAGAUCUGAAGUUGAUGUACUGCACAAAGUGAAAGAUUUGCGUGGAAACCAAUACCAAGCCAGCACUUUAAUCACCAGGCCAGAGCUGUGGCUACCCAAAAUAGAGCACCUUUUUCUAAUUUGCCCAAAGGUACCGUGUAUAUGCCAGAUUUGUUCCUCAGUAAGUCUCUUUAUUCCAAGUUUGGAGCAGUGUCUACUACAUCACCUCAUCUGCUUUUCUUUGUUAUAAAUUUUUAUUCAGGGUCCACAUUUCAUAUGUACAUGCUUCUCUGUGUUUUAAGAAAUCAUAGAUAUGUGUUUGGUCAUAGUAAAGUCUGCUAAAUGCUUUCAGAUAUUAUAGUUACAGUGAAAGCUAAAAGAUUACAUAUUUUUCUAAUACAUUUAUGUGAAGGAAUUUUAUGUUCUUUUUUCCUGAGGGUUUUGUUAGAGUAAAAAUACUUCAUUCCUGAUUACUUCUUACUGGCCUUCAUUUCUCACCACUCUAUUAUUAUUUAUUAAAAUAUUCUGAAUAUAUUCCAUUGGAGAAGGUUUGUCACAUCCAGUGCAAACCUGGAUUGAUUCUUCUGUUUUUCAGUUUACAUUUCCUUAAAAUUAAUGUAUUGUCCAUGUCCAUUUGGUUUACUUAGAAUCAGGCAUUAAGUAUCCAUCUGAUAGGUAAUAUUCAUGUAAUCACAGUAAAGAAACAAACAUAGCUUCAGCCAGAUUCAUUUAGUACAGGAAAAGUUACGGGUUUAUGGUUUUGUUUUGCCUAAGCACAGAAAAUUGGAUAUCAUUUCUCUUAUUAUUAUUUUUUUUUUGGCUUUUUCCUUUUUCUGUUUGUAUUGCUGACUUUUCUACAAAUUCAGAUUAAAGGAUACCUCUAUUCCAAUAUGUAAUCCACUGUGGUUUUAAAAAAUACCUUUGCGUGGUUCUUGAAUUCAAGGCAGCUUUAUAUAUUUUAUUUUAAAGUAAUUUGAAAUGUCAUACCAGGUAUUUGUAAUUCAUUUCUUGGACAGGAGAAUAUGUUUUGAGAAAUAAAUGAUAGAUUUUAUGUUAAUAUAUUCAACACAAAUAUCUGUUAUGUAAGAAUUAUGAGAAAUUAGCAUAAAGUAUUGUUUGUUAUUGUCAGUCAUAGCCUCAGGUUUUUAAGUUGUUGUUAAAAAUGAAGCGUAAAAGCUUUUACCAAACUUUUUUUUCUUGUUCAUAAUCUGCUAACACAUCAAACUGUAAGAGAAGUACUCCCUGAACAUUGUGUCUCCUUGCUAGUAUUUGGUUAAUACCCAUAUGACAGGAGACAACUGCUCAGCCUUUUUCACAUCCAGAAACAGCAACUUUGUUUUAAAUGAGGGAAGAUUGGGCAACUGAUUUAUUUCUUUGAGAGGAAGCCUUCAGUUUCUAAACAAUACAUCAUCUUUUAUCCAAAUAGAAGACUUAUUUUCUUCACUUAAACAUAUCCAGCAUACUUUGGUAGAUUCUCAGAGCCAGGAGGAUAUUUUACUGCUUUUACAACUUGUUCAAAAUAAGGAUUUCCAGAAUGCAUUUAAGAUACACAAUGCCAUCACAGUACACAUGAACAAGGCCAGUCCUCCAUUUCCUCUUAUCUCCAAUGCACAAGAUCUUGCUCAAGAGGUGCAAACUGUUUUGAAGCCAGUUCAUCAUAAGGAAGGACAAGAACUAACUACUUUGCUGAAUACUCCACAUAUCCAGGCACUUUUACUGGCCCACGAUAAGGUUGCUGAGCAGGAAAUGCAGCUAGAGCCCAUUACAGAUGAGAGAGUUUAUGAAAGUAUUGGCCAGUAUGGAGGAGAAACUGUAAAAAUAGUUCGUAUAGAAAAGGCUCGUGAUAUUCCAUUGGGUGCUACAGUUCGUAAUGAAAUGGACUCUGUCAUCAUUAGCCGUAUAGUAAAAGGGGGUGCUGCAGAGAAAAGUGGUCUGUUACAUGAAGGAGAUGAAGUUCUAGAGAUUAAUGGCAUUGAAAUUCGGGGGAAAGAUGUCAAUGAGGUUUUUGACUUGUUGUCUGAUAUGCAUGGUACUUUAACAUUUGUUCUGAUCCCCAGUCAACAAAUCAAGCCUCCUCCUGCCAAGGAAACAGUAAUCCAUGUAAAAGCUCAUUUUGACUAUGACCCCUCAGAUGACCCUUAUGUUCCAUGUCGAGAAUUAGGUCUGUCUUUUCAAAAAGGUGAUAUACUUCAUGUGAUCAGUCAAGAAGAUCCAAACUGGUGGCAGGCCUACAGGGAAGGGGACGAAGAUAAUCAACCUCUAGCUGGGCUUGUUCCAGGGAAAAGCUUUCAGCAGCAAAGGGAAGCCAUGAAGCAAACCAUAGAAGAAGAUAAGGAGCCAGAAAAAUCAGGAAAACUAUGGUGUGCAAAGAAGAAUAAAAAGAAGAGGAAAAAGGUUUUAUAUAAUGCCAAUAAAAAUGAUGAUUAUGACAACGAGGAGAUCUUAACUUAUGAGGAAAUGUCACUUUAUCAUCAGCCAGCAAAUAGGAAAAGACCUAUCAUCUUGAUUGGUCCACAGAACUGUGGCCAGAAUGAGUUGCGUCAAAGGCUCAUGAACAAAGAAAAGGACCGCUUUGCAUCUGCAGUUCCUCAUACAACUCGGAAUAGGCGAGACCAAGAAGUAGCUGGUAGAGAUUAUCACUUUGUUUCACGGCAAGCAUUUGAGGCAGAUAUAGCAGCUGGAAAGUUCAUUGAGCAUGGUGAAUUUGAGAAGAAUUUGUAUGGAACUAGCAUAGAUUCUGUACGGCAAGUGAUCAACUCUGGCAAAAUAUGUCUUUUAAGUCUUCGUACACAGUCAUUGAAGACUCUCCGAAAUUCAGAUUUGAAACCAUAUAUUAUCUUCAUUGCACCCCCUUCACAAGAAAGACUUCGGGCAUUAUUGGCCAAAGAAGGCAAGAAUCCAAAGCCUGAAGAGUUGAGAGAAAUCAUUGAGAAGACAAGAGAGAUGGAGCAGAACAAUGGCCACUACUUUGACACGGCAAUUGUGAAUUCAGAUCUUGAUAAAGCCUAUCAGGAAUUGCUUAGGUUAAUUAACAAACUCGAUACUGAACCUCAGUGGGUACCGUCCACUUGGCUGAGGUGAAGGAAACAUCCCUUCUGUGGUAUGUUAGACUUGAUCUGGCAAAAACUGACAAUAGUAAGAUUUCCCGACAUUGCAGCAAAAUUGAGGAUAAGGUGGAAGGCAGCAGUAUUAGCUGUAGACCUGUUCUUAGAUCUCUCUAAUUAGUGAGAGGCCAAUUCCCUUAGGCAGUUUGUGCACAGCAUCCUUUAUUCUCUAUACAUGGUUUUAGCGGUUCUUGUCUCAUUUUGGGAUUCUAAAUGGAAGCUUUCAACAGAGCAUUCCAUUUUGUCCUAUUAAAACCUUUUGUUUUCAUGUAAACCCUUUCUGCUUAGUUGUAUCUCUGUGAAAAACUUGUAUAUACAAGUGUCCAUGUCUCACACAAAUAUUGAUGUGUAAAUAUUAACACUUAAAUGACUUCAUUGGGAAUUUGAGCAGAGGAACUGUGCUUCUAUGCACUGGGCAAGGCAGUAUUUGCUUAGGAGAUUAAUUUAGUCAUCAGAGAUACUUUCCUAAAAAGAAAAAGCAUGGUGCCACUUGGGUUUAGAGCUACUUUCUUAGACUUGAAUUCAUUUGUAUGUCUUUUGAUUCUUAAAAAAACAAAAACAUUCCAUUAGAAGCUCCAGUUUUUUUGCUCAAACUUUGUGGAUCAGACUGUACACUCAACACACACUAAUAAUUUACUUAAGAUAUACAAAAUAUGCUUAUUUUUAAAAAAUAUUUUCUGAGUUUUUUUCUGAAGUUGUCUCAACUGAUUUGCUAACCUUGCCUCCUUUCUCUCAUCCGCAUAGUAUAAUAGAAUGUAUGUUACAUUUUUAUGAAUGGCAGGUGUUCAUUAUAAUCUGUAUUGACUGUUAAAAAGUUUCUUCCUCAUGAUGCAAAUAGUUUUUUAUAUACAUGGAAGGACAGCACAUUUGACAGUUUUUGCAUUUUUAUGUAUAAGCACAGUAUUCUAUGACUGUGCUACAUAUAUAGGUAAUAAACUGGAAUUCUGUUGAUGAAUAUAGCUGCUGUACUGUAUAUUAAUAUUUAAUAGAUCAACAAAUGGUCAUUGAUAACACUUGUUCAGCAUUCAAAUAAAAUUAUAUAUGUCCUUGGGAAAUGCUAUGACAAUUGACUUUAAGAUCAAAAGGUAAGGAAGACCUGAAAGUCAUUUGAACAUUUUAGGAAAAGAAUAUUGGAGAGAAAAAGGUAUUAAAUAUAUAGAAAUAGGUUUUUAACCUAACAAGGUCUGCCUCUUAUGACCAGAAUGCAACAGCUUGCUAAAUCAUAAAAGGAACACUUAAGCUAAUGGGAUUUUUGUACUGUCUCUAUAGUUGUAGCUUUAAAAUUCGACGUCUAUAAUUGGCAUGGAAAGUUAAUUUGUAGUCUUUUCAAGCCUUUAGGAUAGUGUGAUGUGUGACCUCAAAUGUGAAUGCCUUGAUUUUAUUUUUAUGGUGACUUUAGCUAGAGCAGUUCCUAUUCCCAGAGCUAAACACUGGAAUAAUACUGACAUCAUUUAAUUUAACAUAAGCAAUUGUGUUUAAGGAGUAAUUUGUCUCGGUGUCGUGUAUAUGUUUGAUUUUUAUCCUCUUUUACAUAUAUUUGAACAAAUAUAGUUUAUAUGUUGCCUUUUUCUGUUCAAAUUUACAUGGCCUAUUAAGUUGGCUGGAGAGUGUGUUUUAUGUGGAAAUAUUUUCAAGGUAAUUUUCCUUAGGAAGAAAAUAACAUUCUUGGGUUGAGGGAAGGAAUGCCAUACAUACUAUCUCUUCAAAUCUGAAAUACUCCAGUUUAGAGCCAGGAAAAUUCACAGGUCACACUGAUUUUUUUAGCAUUAAAAACUAAGGAAUAUAUUCAGCACUUAAUCUUUUCAGUUUUCCAGUUUACUUCUCAGGAAUGAAGGGUAGUCUAUGGUCAACAAUGGAGUUUUGUGAUCUGCUUAUUUAACUGACAACUGUUUUUAACUCCAAGAGCUAAACUAUUGGCAGUUCAAGUUAAGUUAGAGUGAGGGUGCAGGCAGUGUCAGUGAGUGGCUCUUGUGCCCCCUGUAGACAUUAGGCCUACACCAGGGCCAUAUGCUGUCAAGAUUCAGGCACAUGGCUUUUAACAAGCAAAUCUUGUACCAAGCCACAGGCCAUGCCAUGCCAUACUUUUAGGAAGUCUGAGGUGAUAAAUAUUUCAAGGUCAGUGAAGUCCUAUCAUUCUCCCUUAUCAGUAGUGGUAGAUAGACAUGUCCCAAACUUUUCUAAAUCCCAGUGAUAAGGAUGUGCUAAUAUUCAACAAUCCUUAAAGUGAAUUGUUGCUGACCCCCACAAAAGAACAUGGGAAAAAGCAUUGCUGUAGGCCUAGUUGUAUAGCCACUCUGGCCAAUUCCAUUUCCUGUCCCUCUGUUGUUCUGACUGGAAACCUGUGUGGGGGAGGUCUUAACCAGUUAAUAUAGAAAUGAUAUCAAUAGCUAAUGCAAUGUACUUGGAAAAUCCAAUGAGGAACUGUUAGGUUUGUGCGUAUCUUUAUUUCUCAAAUUUUCCUAAGUCAGAACAAAUGGAAAGAGAAUAUUAUUUAGACUAAUCCAGAUUUGCUUUCUAUGAAAAUCUAAUGUCUGGAUUUUCCUUUUCUCAUGGCCUAAGAAAUAAGUAUUGAUAAGGAAUGAUUUGAAUGUACUUUUGUGAAUGUGUGGAAAAUAUAAAGCAGGGAUUUAGCCUUAAUAAAGGUAACCUUCUGACAUCUGUUGUUAAUCCCCCUUUGUACUCUUAUCCUGUAUCUGCACUCUGUUAUUUUGAGAUGUCAUACUAUACACUGUAUUGUAAAAAUAAAAAGUAAAAUUAUAUUUCGAAUUUUAAAA